CGUGACACAACAAUGGACGCCCUUCGUUAUGCAGCGGUGCACCUAAAUAGCCUGAAUCCUGCAUCCGUGCCAUUGAAAGUCCUGCUUGCAAGCGCAACCUCAAGAAUACUACCAUCAAAAGGAUUACUAUCAGCCAAUUGACAAAAUGUAUAUAGAUUUUUAUAUUCAAAAAUAGGUUAGGGGCUGAUUGGGUUCUGUGGCGUUUCGGCAGCAUGACGAGUCGGCCGCAUGACCCCAGAGCGAAGGGAAUCGGCCCCUCAACAUCAUGGCAUGCUUCCUCGCCCCCAACUCCUAUAUGGGUCCCUACGCAAGGCUGCGCAAGCAGCUCUGCUCUAUCGCCUCUCACUAGCAACGGCACCGUAAAGCAGGGCACACGUGCACCCUUCACCCCUUCAGCCACUGCACUGUCCUACACCUCCAGCCCUCUUCGGCCCAACACACGCACAUCUCCCUCCACGAUACCCACCGUGUGCAACAGCGCACAGCUCCAACGGCCCAGCGGCGCCCCCUCCACCGGCUACAACAGCGACAUGCGCACCAUUCACAACCUCAGCAAGGCGGACAGCUGCCGGAAGGUGAUCCGCCUUCUGCAGGAGCGCUCCGGCGCCGCAGCAGUGGCCUUCGUCAACCCAGCCGCCCUGCAGGCCCUGGCGCGGUGCAUGGUUCUGACAGCGAGUGGCGCUGCAGAACAACCAGGCCAGCAGCAGCAGCAGCAGCAGCAACAGAAAAGAGCGGCCGCAGCGGAGAGGCUUCGGGGCGAUGAGCUGCAAGAUGUGCAGGACACCGUCGACCGCCUCCUGUCCGAGCUGCAUGGCCGUACAGCGGUGCUGUCCUUCCCGCAACUGGUGGACGUCCUGAGCGCUCUGGUGGUGCUGCUCCCGGCAUUGCGCUGGAAGCCACGUGACCCACGGGUCAUCACCGACAUUGCCGCACGACUGCCCGCUGCGGCAGCGGCGAGCAACUCCCUGACAAUGAUUCCAUUAUGCGAGGUGUGCAAAGGGUUCCUCAGCUUGGCCCAGCUGAUGUAUAACCCGUCCAUGAGGGCUGAUUUCGGUAGGGUUCCCGAGCUAGGAACGCAGGCAGGGGCUUUCCUGCGUUCGGAGGUGUUCGAGGGUGUUAACGUCAGCAAGCGGAUGAAGGAUGCGGACCUGGAAACCAUGGCGAUGGCGGUAGAACUGUCCAUGGCCUACAAGACACCCGCGUCAGCCUCGUUUGUGGACUCCAUGACGUACCGCGUGAAGGGGGUGCUCGCGGACAUCACGACGGCAGCGGAGGAAGCAGCAACUAAGGCGGUGGCGGCCGCGGAGGUCAAAGGGCAACAGAGGAAACCCGGUCAGCCUGCCGCUGGGGGCGCUGACAAGGACAGCAGCACUGGCAGCAGCGCUAGGGACGAGCAGGCGGCAGCGGACGCCCAUGAUGACGGCAGCCGCCGGGACAGCGCCGACAGAGACCGCAGUACCGCUCGGCGGGACUCCUCCUCUCCCUCUUCCCGCAACACAAGCACCACCUUCGGAUCUACGAUGGCGACACUGGACGCCAAGGGCGGGCUAGAUGCACCCUCCCUUGCGCGCCUGCUGGAGGCCUGGUGCCGGUGUAAACCCAACCAGGCUCACUCCCCCAACCAGACGUGGCUCACGCAGAUGGCUGCAGUGGUGCUCAGGAGCCAAGACCCUGCUGCCUCAUCGCGUCGGCAGGAGUUGCGGACAGCACUUCAGGAGGUGGUGUCCCGUCUGCCGCGACUUCGGCGGGACAUGCAGGCGGCGGAGGCGAGGCUGCAGACUGCGAAAAGGAAGCGCCGGGCAGCGGCAGCCGCAGCGGCAGCAGAGGCGCGGGAAGCAGGCGGCAGCAGUGGCCGCGGAGGAGGGCGGGCAGGCGCACGGGGCCGCGGUGCACGGGGCGGUGGCAGAGGCCGCUCCGGGGCUGUGACUUCUGAAGCCAAAGACGAGGGAAGCGAUCGUGCUAAGAAGAAGGGCGCCUCGGGGCCCCCUGGGCAGGCGCACGAUCGCAGCCAAUGUGGCCAUGACAAGGAGGAGAAGGAGGAGGUCGCGGUGGAUGACGUGGAAAGCGCGGAGGCAGCCUCGGAGCGGGCGAAGGCGGCUUUGGCGGAGGCGGAGGCGCAGCUGGCGGCCGUGAGGGCUGGGUUGGCGGAUUUGGGUGUGGCGGCGGUUGCUGUGCGGCAGUUGGAGGAUGGGCGGCUUGUUUCGCUGCUGGCUGCUGUGCGGGAGCGGAUGGGGGAGAGCUCGGGGAAGGAGGUGUGCGAGGCGGCGGAGAAGGUCCUGGCGGCGCGUUUGGAAAAGAUGCACCCGCUGCUGCUGGCAAGGACCCUCUCCCUGCUGGUCGGCAUGGGGCACUCCCCCGAAAGGGAGCUCAUCACCUCAGCUCUUCGUGUUCUGCAGCCCCAUCUCAGCACCCUGCCCUCCUCCGAUGCCACCUCGCUGCUCGUAGCGCUCCACAAAGCGCGUUACGUGCCGCCGCUUAGCGGCCGAAUCAGCCGGGAGGACAUGGUGGGGCGCAUCGCCCGCUACAAGGGCGACUUCCCAGGAGCUGACUGGCUGGCCGUGUUGCUGCGCACGUGCGCGGAUUGGGGAGUGCCGUACCCGCCGGACCUGUUCCGGGACCUGGAGAACGAGGUGCAGGAGCGGGUGCUGGGCUCGCUGCCACUGUCGGCCAUGGGGGACUGCGUGUCGUCGGUGACAAAGGCCCGCAAACAGAGCGGCGCCUUCCGGACCUUCAACACCGAGGGCGGCGAGCGCAUCCGCUCCAGUCUGCUGGAGGGCUGGGUGCUGCCGUUGGCCCGGCUGCGGCAGCCGCUGCGCUGCGAGGACCUCUUCUUCAUGGCCCUCGGCGACUUCAUGGCGACCCGUCACACCACCUCCACCGCCGGUCCCGCACAAGGGCCACAGACGGGCCCACAGAGGCUGGAUGAGCGGCGUGCUGCUCUGCUGCUGGACUGCUUUGCAGCCAAUGCGGCGCAGGCGGCGGGGCCGGCGGCCGCAGCUGGGUCGCAGUCCUGGCCGUUGACGACGGGGCAGCGCCAGGCGCUUGAGGAGCUGCUGGCGGCUGUGCUGACCCAGCCUCCGGGCAGCCCGGGGGAGCGGGCGCCGCUGCUGCUGGCGGCGGGGCGGGCGCUGCGGGUGAUCGCAUGCAAGAUGUCCUGGGGACCCAACGACCCAUUCCUGGGCGCCCACCCUCCGGACGGCCGCCGCCCCUCCUCGCUGCUGCUGCCCGCGGUGGAGGGCCUGAUGCGGCUCAACCCUUCCGCGGAGCACCUGGCCUCCGCCGCGCAGGCCCUAUUCGUGGAGCUGCAGUGGAAGGAGCCGCAGACGCAGACGCAGACGCAGCAACCCCAAGCAGAGGCAACGCAGACGCAGCCACAGCCGACCGCUUCCCCUUCCACACAGCAACAACGGAGCAGUGGCAGCAACAAGCGCACGAAGCAGCAGCAACAAGGGCAGCAGCAGCAGGAAGCGCUACCACUGCUGGUCCGCAUGUUGGAUGCCGCAGCACCCACCCUGUCAGGCUGCCGACCCGAGUCCUACGCCUACCUGCUUGCCGCGUGCUGCGCGGCGGGACACCAGCCGCCGCUGCCCUGGCUAGCCAGCCUCUACCGCGCCGCUGCAGCUGAGCUGAGCAGCAGGUCGGCUGCCCGAGAGGGAGAGGGAGACGACAGCGGCGCUGCUUCUGCAGCUGCAGCAGCUGGAGGAGGAGGAGGCGGUGUGACGGCUGAAGCCCUGGGGCUGCUGCUGAACGCGCUGACGGAGAUGGAGCGCGCGAUGGGCGAGCGGGCGGAGCGGGCCCAGCGGGACACGGCAGCAGGCGGGUACGCUGCGGCGCGGGCGGCGCUGCUGCAAGCGAUGGCAACGGCGAUGCUGCGGGACCCGGCGCUGCGGGUCCUGGCGGCCCAGCCCGACACCUUCACCCUUGCCGUACGGCAGCUGGCGGUGCUGGGUCUGCGCCCUCCCACCGGCUGGCUGCCCCAGUACCUGGCUGCGGUGCAGGGCCUCAUGACGUCCAUGUCCCUCACCGGGCUAGCGUACACUGCGGAGGGGCUGGCGCUGCUGCAUGCAGCACCUCCCAACGUCUUCAUUGACAUCCUGCUCACGCAAGUGGGCACACGUAAUGCGGUGGGGGCCGCGGACCCCUUCCUUCGGGGGCUGCUGCUGGGGGGCGUGCAUGCGCUGUGGCACGCGAGUGCAGCGCGCGAGCGGGAGCGGGGGCUGCCGCUGUCUAAAGCGGCGCGGGAGACGUGGGCUGGCGUGCAUGUGGCGUUUGUGGCGGAUACGCGGCAGGGCAAUGCGCUGCCUCGCUACUCGCCCUCGCAGUUGGUGCUGGUGGUGGCAGCCGUGGUGGCGUAUGAGCUGUCACGGAGUCCGGCGGCUGCUACCCCGGCCGCAGCUACCAGCACAACCACCACGGGCGGCAGCAGCAGCGCUAGGGGUGGAGGAGGAGGUGGUGCAGCUGGCGCGGGCGCAGACAUUGGUAGCGGACUGGCGUUCACGGGCAAGGUGGAGGGAGAGUGGCUGGAGGACUGCUGCAUGAGCUUACUAAGCGGCCGCUCCUCCUCCGGCGCCGCCUUCCCGCCUCCGCCCUCCCUGCUGAUCGACCUGCUGCGCCUGGCGUCACGCGUGCUGCGGGGCAGCGCCGAUGGCAGCAUUGUACGACUGGCGCCAGCGGCGGCGGAGGAGCCGGAAGGCGAUGAUGCCGACACUGCCGGCGGAGGAGGCGGAGGAGGUUUCAGUAACAGCACCGCCGGCCUGGUGGUGCGGUACGUGCGCCUGUCGUUGCUAGACAUUGCGCAUGCAGCGAAGCGACGUGCUGCCGACAUGCCUUCACGGGCUGAGUGGGAUGCGCUGCUGCGUGCUGCGAUGGCCGCCCGCAUCGAUCCGGCAGCGCCGGUGCUGGAGGUAUACACGUCCAGCCUCGUUCAGGCAGGGAUUGAACGAGCUCGCGGAGCGGUGCAGACGCUGGCAACGGCUGCAGCUGCUGCUGCGGCUGCAGAUGCAAAGGCAAAGGCAAAAGAAAAGGAGAAGGAAAAAGGCCGUAGAAUCCACGUGGACAGUGCUGGUGUAGUGCAUGAAGCGGCGCCUGUUCCUGACGAAGAAGAUGAAGGAGCAGCGGCGUUGGCAGCUGUUGGCAGGGAGCAGCUUCGCAUGGCCUGGUCGGAGCUGGAGACUGGGCUGCGUGACGUGCUGCUGCCGGUGCUGCCCUGGUUGCCGGCUGCCGAGCAGCUGCAGGCGCUGCGGGAGGGGCUGCUGGAUCAGGGGCCGGCGGCGCUGCAGGCCGCCAGCAGCAGCCAGCUGGCGCUGAUGUGCACCCUGUGCACGCAGGCGGGACCGCAGGCGGGGCCGCAGGGCUGGUGGGUGGGGGUGCGAGCGGAGCUUGAAGGCAGGCGCUUGCCGCCGCUCUCGGCAGAGGCACCAGAAGCAGCAGAGGUUGGAGAAGGUGAAGCCGGAGGGCUGAGCGCAUGGAGGGGUGCUGGUGUUGGCGGCAAGAAGGAGGGGCCAGCGCUGUUUGAGAGUGCUGCGGACCUAGCGGCGGUGUGUUACGGCCUGGAAGCAGCGGGCUGUGAGGUGCCGGAGGCUGCGGGGCGGUGGUUGCGCCGGUUACUGCACCAGAAGGCAGUGCUGGGAGCCGGCGGUGUUGAUGUGCGGAAAAGAAGGGGCAUGGUGCUUCCCGCGCUGCAGCUCCUGUGGACCGCUCAUCGCUUUGGUUGCCUGGCGGAGGUUCCGGACAAGGUGUGGGCGACGGCGUAUGGCAGUGGUGGCCCAUGGGUCACUGGGCUGGAUCGGCUGCAGGCCUGGCAGCUCCAGCAGCUGGUGGUGAUAUACGCGCAGCGGGAUCGUGCGGGCAGCCUUUGGAAGGAUGUGAAGGGGGUUUCGACGCCCCCGCCCUGGUUUACCCUUUCCUGGAUGGCUGGCUUGUCUGCUGCCUACGGCCGGGGACAUCAGGAGCAGGAGCAGGAGGAGCAGCAACAACAGCAGGAGGAGCCGCCACUCCAGCACCAGCUAUUGGCAGGGCGAAGACGGCAGGGCGGCGGCCGCUCGCCUCCUUCACCUUCGCUUGUGGCUGCAUGGGCAAUCGCAUACUGCGCACCGAACGCGCCAAACGAGCAGGCCGCAUCGAGAUGGGAGCCCCUAGUUGCGGCCGCGCUGCGGGGGCUCGCGGAGGAGGUGCCGCUGGGGGACAUGGUUCCGCUGCUGAGGGGGUUGAAGCGGGGCGGUUUCGUGGGUAGCCUGCCGCAGCUGCGCCUGCAGCAGCUGAUGGGGAGGCUGCUGGAGGGCCCGGCGGCAGGCGGUAGUGGGGAGGCGGAGGAGGCCCGGCAGGGUGGUGCUGUCGUGACCGCCAUGAGCGGGCUUGGCGGUAGCGGCGAGGGUGCGUGUGCAUCCAGGCUGGCGGACCUGCAGGCGCAAGGAGUCCUGGAGCUCCUGUUGGCCAUCCUGGCAGUGUGCCCUCUGGAUGCUGACCGUACGGCAGCCCUCGAGCCGCUGUUUGCCGUACUGGUGCCGUACGCCGAGGAAGAGCUGUACGGCGUGGCGGUUCCUGAGCGCCUCUGUCGUACAGUGCUGGCAGCCUCAAUGCGGCAGCCGCCUGCGACCGCUGAUGUGGUAGCGGAAGCAGCUAGCGCGGCGGUUGUAGCAGCAAUCACGGGUCACCAGCAAGCAUCUGAAAAGCAACACCCGCCGCAGCCGCAGCAGCACCUGUCGCAGCAGCGUCGGAAGCCAAAACAGCAGCGUAUUUCGAAUCAACUAGAUGUCUCCAGCAGCAGCAACAGCUGCUGCACAGAUCCUGCCCGUGUCGGCAGCGGGUUGCUAUCCCAGCUGCCAGCCACGGCUCUAGCUCCCCUAGCUGCAGCCCUCAUCGGAUCCGCCGGGAUGCGCCCCGUACCUCGCAGCGCCGCUGCCGUACUUCUACGGCUGCUAUCCAUGAAGCCCGUUGUGGAUCAGCUGUCGUACAGCGACAUUGAACAGGCCGUCAACCACAACUUGGUAGACAGCGGCCUACCCAUGUGCGACGCCACCGCCUCCGCCCUAACCUCCAAGCUGCAAGUGGGCAGGCGGCGCUCCAGCCCCGCCGUGGAUGCCGUACUCUGGGCCGAGCAGCUUCGCAGGUGCGGUGCUAGUGCCGUACUGCUGCAACGUGCGCUACUGGGGCUCCGAACCACGCCCUUGGAUGAGCUCAGCGGCAAUGAGGUCCUGCUGCUUCGGAAGCUCCUCGCAUCUGGCGUUCGAGAGGAGUUGGCAAUCCUCGAACGUCCUCGCCACACAGCGGACGCCCUGGUCGCAGCGCUGGAGGGAUUAAAAGGUGGUGGAGCCGGCGGCGGUGGCCCUCCUACUGAGGGACCCGUGGGUCAAUUCGCGGAGGUUGCAGACCUGCUGCUCAGCAGCUUUGGGCGCACGAUUCGGCGCAGGGGCGCUGGUUUGGCGGAGGUGACGGAGGCGGUGCAGUUGGCUUGCGAGCUCAUUCGGCGGCUGGACGGGUUGGAUUGUCCCCAGUUCUAUGCCCACAAGGUCAGCUUGACGGAUCGCUGGGUGCAGUACCUGGAGCUGCCUUCGCUGGCGGCGAUGGUGAGGGAGGACCCGCAGCAGUUGUGGCGCUUCCUGGAUGGUGCCUAUAACUUGGGUGAGGGUCGGAGGUUGGGUGGGAAGUGGGUGAAGAGGAAGCAACGAACUGACCGUGUGAUAAGGCGUCAUCAUGCUGCGUGUGAACCCGAGGAGAGCAUGAAUGAAUGACCGUUACAAUGGUUCCCUAAAAGGGAACACUGUUGUUGAAUCCACCCCUUCACUGCAAGAGGAAGGGGACACGCCGUAAAGACAACAUGAGCAUGCCCCCGGUCUCUCUCUUAGCUUGAAAUUGUAUGUUGUCUUUAGUUCUGCACCUAGCCCUGCGUCGCAACUAGCCCUGCCUGCUUGGCUGCUGCUCUCCCUCCUCCCUCCUCACCCCAUGCAUGCAUGCAGGCGGCCAGCGCUUCAACGACCGAACCACCGAGGGCACACUGCGACUUGCCCUCUCCCGGGAAGCCGACAAAGACGGCACCAGCCCCCGAGUCGUCGAGUGGACGCCCGAGGAGGAGUCAGCGGUUCUUGAAUACAACUCACUCCUCAACGCGCACCUGGCUGUGUACAGCCCCUACUGCCUAACCGCCGCCUGUGCACUCCGCGUGUUAAGGGCGGCGCAGCCCCUGCUGGAAGACCACAAGGCCGCGCUGCGGGAAUGGCUCCCGGGGCAGGGGCAGGAGGAUCCCGGCCAGACGCUGGCCACCUUGCGUCUGGGCCCUUGGGGUGUCACGCUGCGAACAGGCACCUCCCCGCAACAGGACCCGCAGGAGGGGCCGCGGGACAUCACAUCGGAGGAUCUGUCCUGGUCGUACAAGCAGCCCGUGCCGGCCGACCCACGGUUCCUGACUGCACGGCAGCUAGGGAUGUUGUACGGCAUGUUGGUGCUGCGGGGCGCCAACGGCGUUGACGGCUCGGUGUUCUUGGAGCAGGUGCAGGAAACGGCGAAGCCGGUAAGAGUAUGGCGGUAUGGGGCUCUGGUUGGGAAACCAUGUGCUACGCAUGUGCCAGGGUGCGCUGACUUAUGGAGAUGGUGGGAGUAAGAGGCUCUACGGUAACCAGGAACAGUCAUCCCACCCUGCAUCUCACCCAUCCCACCAGCCCCGCUAACACAACCCCCUCACAGCCUUCACCGUCGCUCAUCCACGCUUACCCCUACCCCCACCGCUCCUGCCCCAUGUCCCCGUGCCCCCCUUCUCUCCCUCCCUCCCUCCCUCCCUCGCACGAUAUCUCUUCUCCCCGCCUCCCAGAUCGGCAUUCUCUACAAGGACAUGCUCGUCCGCCUGGCCUCCCGCACCGAACUGCCCCCCCUGGAGCACCUCACCGCGCUGCUGGACGCGUUGGAGCCGCUGGUGGUGUCCGCCCCGCAGCACGACCUGGUGCCGCCGGGAUUCUACCAGGAGUGGCCGCUGGAGAAGUACCUCAUGCCGGCGCUGCUGCGAAUAACGCAACGGGGGCAAGGGAAGGAGGGCCGGGAGGUGGCGGUGGUGGUGCAUGGGGAGCUGGAGAGGAAGAGGGAGGGGCUGUUGCCGCCGGGGGUGGUGAUGUGGGAGGACAUGCGGCUGAUCCGCUCACCGUAUGAGGUGAGUGAGGAGAGCUUGCUGGCGGCGCUGCGCAUGCACCGCCCGCCGCCUCCACCGCCUGAUAAGGAGGGGGAAGAAGAAGAGGAACAAGACCGGCCAGCAAGUCAGCAGCAGCAGCAGGGAGAGCACCACCACCAUCAACAGCAGCUGCAUGGAGACCCGCAGCAACACCAGCAGCAGCAGCAGCUUCCUGAUCAGCAGCUUCCCGAUGACUCCCAGCAGGCAGCUGGAGCCACCUCGUCGUCGCUGCCACCCAGACCUCGCCGCCCCCCGCUGUACGACCUGCCGUACCGCCAGCUGGCACUACCUGCAUCCCUGCAGCCGCCGCCGGGGCGCCGCCACGGGCAGCCGGGAGACCCAGCGGGCGACGCGGCGCGGGAGGCCUACGUGCGCUCCGCAGCGCCCUGGAUGGUGGCGGCGCGGCGGGUGCAGCGGCUGCUGGUGCUGACGGGCCGGCAGGAGGCGAUUCAGAGCAGGCUGGCGUUGCGGCUGAAGGAGCGGGACCGUUGGGCGGUUAUGAUGGGGCUGGCGGUGGAUCCCAAGGGCACCGCGGGGGCGAUAUGUGUGACGUUGGAGCUGCUCGAGGCUGCGCAGAAGGCGGAUGAGGAGCAGGAGGAGGAGGAGAGUCGUGCGCGGGAGGCCAGGGCGGUGUCCAUGCCGGGCUGGGUGUCAGCGCUGCCGGGGGUGAGGAAGCUGGGAGAGCUGAAGCGGGUGGCGAGGAAGACGGCGAGUGUGGCGGGCGCGUUUGCUCGCCUCCUGGCGACGGUUACGGAGGUAGUUGGCGAGGAGGAGGAAGAAGGGGAGUGGGAUGGGGAGGCCAGCGCUGCUGUGGGGCCGGCGGGGGCUGCGAAACGCGCCGCAGGUGCGGUGUCUGCCUCGUCCUUGCUGCCAGCCACGUUAAGCGUGGUGGAGGGCAACGGCACGGCAGGAGCUGCGUCCUCGAAGCCAGCUGGCGCGGGGCAGACGGCAGGGAAUGGAGGUGGUGGAGGUGGAGGUGGUGGUGGAGGUGCAGUCCCCGCUGCUGCUGCUGCUGCUGCUGGUACUGCUCCUACGGGUGCUGCUGCGCGAGUCAACCCGUUCGAUGUGACUGCGGACUUCAGGCGCAAGCUUGAGGGCCUGGGGUUCGACGCCGCGGCGAGCAGCAGCCAGCCUGGCGGCAAGGGCUCGCAGGCGAGUGCGGAAGCGCCCGCGCCCCACUCCAAGCCGCCUGCCUCCGCCGCCGGCGGGGAGGUGUUGCAGCCAGGGGCGCGGCAGCAGCAGCAGUUCAGGCCGGAGCAAGGUCAGGGCAAGGGGGAGCAGCAGCAGCAACUGCAGGGGCUGCAGGAGCGGGGGAAGACGGUGGGUGCAGCGGCUGGGAGAGUUGUGGGUGCUCUGGGCUUAGUUGUUGGAGGGCUGGCGCGAUGGAUGGGUCUGGUUAGCGGCCUGGGAGGCGGCGGCGGCGGUGGAGGUGCAGGCGAAGGCGCCGCUGCGGUGGGCAGUAAAGAUGGGGGUCAUGGAGGUCGGAAAGACGGCACCAAUGGCAGUGGCAGCGGUGACAGGGGUGAGGGUGGCAGCGGUGGCCGAAGUGCGGG